AUGGCCACUCCCACAACCGCGAAACGCAGUCAUUCUACCCCGUCGGUGCCGAAAGGAGAGACUAGUGUCGUGGAAUUUUUAGGGACGAACAAGGACAGAGACCUCCCAGACACCAUCGACGACCAACAGCUGGCGGAGAAGAAUCAAAUCGACAUCCAAACAGACAACAAGAAUGGUGAAUUUCCUCACGGGUUUCGACUCAUCUGCCUAGUCAUAGGCCUGUGUAUGGCAUCUUUCCUAGUUUCCCUCGACAUGACAAUCGUUGCCACGGCCAUCCCCCGAAUCACCGACCAGUUCCAGACCAUCAGCGACAUCUCCUGGUAUGGCGCAGCCUUCUUCAUGUGCGUCGGCGGCUCCACGUCAGCCUGGGGGAGAGUCUACAAGUUCUUCCCUCUCAAGAAUACGUUUGUCGUCGCCGUCCUGAUCUUUGAACUCGGCUCGUUGAUCUGCGGCGUGGCCCCCAACUCAGACACCCUCAUCGCCGGACGGGCCAUUGCUGGCCUCGGUGCGGCUGGCAUCUCGUCGGGAGCCUAUACCAUGAUCGCCUUUUCGGCGCCGGCCCCCAAGAGGCCCAUGCUGAUGGGGAUUAUUGGCGGCACGGCUGGGAUCGCGGCGGUCGUCGGACCUCUCAUUGGCGGCGUCUUCGCCAACUCGGUCACCUGGCGCUGGUGCUUCUACAUCAACCUCCCCAUCGGCGGCCUCUCGACGGCAGUGAUCCUGUUCUUGUUCCGCCCUCCAGCGUCUACGCGGCCUCAGUCGACGACGACCUGGAUGCACCGGUUGCUGCACAUCGACAUCGUGGGCACGGCCAUGGCGAUGGGCGGACUCAUCUCCAUCAUUCUCGCCCUCCAGUACGGCGGCACGACGCACCCGUGGGACUCAGCCGUGGUGAUUGGCCUCCUCAUGGGCUCCGUCGCCAUCUUCACCGCGCUGGGUCUGUGGGAGUGGUUCCAGGGCGAGCGGGGCAUGAUCCCGCCUCACCUGAUCAGCCGCCGCACGGUGCUCGUGCCCGCGGUGUUCACGUCGCUGUUUUCCGGCGCCUUCUUCCUCGAGAUCUACUACCUGCCCAUCUACUUCCAGUCGAUUGACGGCGCCGACCCGACCACGUCGGCCGUGCAUAAUCUGCCGCUCAUCAUCGCCAUCACGGUCGGCACGAUUGUGGCGGGUGUCUUCAUCGCGCGCACCGGCCUGGCGACGCCUGUGCUCGUUGUCGGGGCGGCCAUCGCCACCGCGGGCGCUGGCCUGAUCUACACGCUGGACAUUGGCUCGUCGACAGGUCUUCCAAACGACCGGCGGCGCCCUCUUCGUCUCGACGGGCCAAUCCGCCUUCGUCAACACCCUAACCCGCCAAAUCCGGCAGACACACCCCUCGCUCCCGCCGGGACUGGUCAACACCACGGGCGCCUCGGACCUGCGCCGCGUCUUUGA